GUGGCAGUGCCAUAUCGCCCUUCAUCGUGGGCGGCGACGACGCCGACCUGGGACAGUUCCCCGAACUGGUCUCCAUCCAGGCGGGCUACGGCGACACUGAAUACCAGCACCUGUGCGGGGGCUUCCUCAUCGACCAGCAGUGGGUGCUGACGGCGGGCCACUGCCUGGACCAGGUCGACCCCGCCGCCCUCACCAUCCUGGCCGGCACCGUGGACCUGGCCUCGCCGGCCUCCACGGCCAUCCGCGUACCCAUCGCCGGCUACGAGAUCCACGAGGACUACGACCCGGACGCAGCGACGCUGCCGCACGAUAUCGCGCUCAUCAACCUGGCCUCUCCGAUCGCACUCAACGACAACGUCCUGGUGGCGUCGCUCCAGAACGUGUCCCCGAAGGACGGCGACCUCGUGACGGUGGCUGGCUGGGGGCAGACCAACAACGACCUGGUCGUCUCCAGCAACACGCUCGAGUACACCAACCUCAACGUGCUGAGUAGAACCGCGUGCCAGGCGCCACUCCAGGGCUACGCCACGAUCCGCGACGACCAGAUCUGCGCCGCGGCCACGUCGGGGCUGCACGCCGAGUGCAAGGGCGACUCCGGCGGCGCGCUAUUCGCCGACGGCUUCGUCGUUGGAAUCGUGUCCUGGUCCAAGAAGCCGUGCGGCUCGUAUCCGGGCGUCUUCACCAGCAUCCCCAAACACUACAGCUGGAUCAGGGACAAGUCGGGUCUCGAGAACCUGUGAACACGAGUAAUAAUAUAAGUGAAAAUUUUCAGAACAUGGCCAGAUUUUGCAUCAUUUCCGCAGAACUAAAAUUUUUGUUCGAAACGUUUCCUUAGUGUGUUAAAACAGUCAAAAAUGAACCUUCGAUUGUUCCCUGAAAACGGCAAGCCUUUUUUGGCGACAGGAGAUGAAUAUACUCCGCCCCUGGAACUGCGUGGGGUAUCGCUGGGCGCGGGGUAUUUCCGCAACGAGGAUUGGCGCACCCGCCCCCGGGGCCCCACCGCAAUUACUCCUCAUUACGAAUCAAAUUUAUAGGGGUCACUCCCAACGCCGGGGCGGUAUAGGGCCUCGCGUGGUCCCGGGCUAAGCCGGGGAGGAUAUCGUAGAAUGCCCCGUUAACUUUUCACAUCGUUUGUAAAACAAAAGCAAACUUUGUGACUACUUCUUCCACCGUACCUCAAGUUAUGGCGUAGACUUUUAAUUGAACCCAAUAGUGUUGGCUAAGUACAAAAUCGAUCUAGUUCGACUUUAAUUUUUAUACUAUCUCUCUUUUUCUUAUCCGAGUAAACGGUUUUCUUUCCUUGGCA